UAUAAAAUCAAGGCUGUGCAUUGAAUGCUGUGCCUCUUGAGUCACCAAAAAGGUUAUGAUAGAUAAGUGAACAGAAAACCAAACCAAUCAAAAACGUACCGCCAAAGACAGCCUUAACACUCCACGUGUGUCGCUUCUUGGACAGCGUCCUAUGUGCCAUUCUCUCUCUCUCUCUCUCCUUUAUUACAAUUCAAGAGAGCAAAUUUGGGUGGAAAUAAGACCGUUUCGGUUACUUGAGCCGUUUCAGCAAGAAAGUUUUUGUCUUCAUUGAUAUAAUCGCCACUGGAUCCUCUGGGCUGCUGUAGAAGACCUGUUUGAUUUAUUUCCUCUUGGUUCUGGUGUGAAUUCUGUUGGAAAUGAAUGGGCAUGAAGAGGAUGAGGUUGUUUAUGAGAUUGGGGUGGUGGUCCCGAAGAGCAAUGUCACAGAAGGAAAGGAGAGUCGUGAUUGCGUUGAGAUUCUUGAAGCUGAGUUCAGGAAAGUGGGGUUGAUAGUUGAUAGAGUUUCUGGAGUUUCAGAUGAGUUUAUCAAGGUGGCAGCACCGCUGGAGACUUUGGGGAGGGCUGCGGCUGAGAUGCAGAUGAGGAAACCUACUCGUAUUGGAAUGGAUCUCCAAUUUGAAUGGGAAGAGGUCAAUGCUUUUGUGAAACAGCCAGAUGGUUCAUUGUUUAGUUGGUGUGAGCGUUUUCAGUGCUACCAACACUUAUUAUACAGGAUCGUAAACAAGAGUGACUCAGUUAUAGUUUUAAAUUUUGAUGGCAAAGAAUUCCCUUGGGAAAUUGGACAAUCUUUACUGAAAAAGCUGGAAUGCGAGGGCAUUAUUAAACAAGUUUUUCCUUUACACGAUGAAACCAAGAGGAAGAAGCUCCUGAGAAGUUGGGCACUCAAUUGGUGGGAUUUGACUGACCAGCCAAUCGAUGAGAUUUAUUCAUAUUAUGGGACAAAGGUUGCUAUCUAUUUUGCUUUUCUUGAAAAGUAUACACGUUGGAUGUUCUUUCCGGCUGCAUUUGGGCUUAUUUUGCAAUUCGUUGAUUUUGGAUCAUUGCAGUUGCUAGUGCUCCCAGUGUUUUUCAUAAGCAUAAUUUUAUGGGCUGUGUUGUUUUUCCAGUUCUGGAAACGUAAAAACUAUGCCCUACUAGCUCGAUGGCAUAUAAACUAUACAAUUGGUGCCAGCCAAGGACAGAAACUUUUGGGCAUGGAUUGUGGCUCCGUUCAAUCUCCUGUGGAACUUAUGAAAAAAAUGGGAAUGGAUAAAACACAGGAGAAGCAGUUAUACCAAAGAUAUGAAUGGCUGGGAUAUCUCAUGCGAUUCAGAAAUGAUGCUAUUAUUAUCUUGAGCAUCAUCUGCCUCCAGUUGCCAUUUGAGUUGGCCUAUGCUCAUCUUUACGAAGUUAUUGGAUCUGACUUACUGAAGUUUGGUUUGACAGGCAUUUAUCUUUUUGUCAUUCAGCAUUUUACACAGUUUGGGGGUAAAAUAUCUGUCAAGCUCAUCAAAUAUGAAAACAAUGAAAAUACAGAAUACAGGGCUGACAGCUUGGUGUACAAAGUCUUUGGUCUUUAUUUUAUGCAGUCGUACAUAGGAAUUUUCUAUCAUGCCCUUCUACAUCGCAAUUUUACAACUCUUCGUCAAGUCUUGAUGCAGCGCCUUCUGAUCUCUGAGGUGUUGGAAAAUUUGUUGGAAAAUUCUUUGCCGUAUCUCAAGUACAGCUAUAAAAAAUACAGGACAAUCAGAAACAAGAAAAAACAUGAUAAAGGAUCAAAAAGUGAGAAGAUCCAUGUCACCUCCAGGGUGGAGAAAGAGUACCUGAAACCUGCAUAUUCUGCAAGUAUUGGUGACGAGGUAGAGGAUGGUCUGUUUGAUGAUUUUCUGGAGUUGGCAUUGCAGUUCGGUAUGAUCAUGAUGUUUGCUUGUGCCUUUCCUCUGGCAUUUGCCUUCAGUGCGGUGAACAACAUCAUGGAAAUUAGAACAGAUGCAUUGAAGCUACUUUCUAUGUUGAAACGACCAGUUCCUCGUGCUGCAACAUCAAUUGGAGCUUGGAUAAAUAUAUUUCAGUUUCUAAUAGUGAUGUCAAUUUGCACCAAUUCUGCCCUUCUAGUAUGGUUAUAUGAUGAGGAAGGGAAAUGGAAAGUAGAGCCGGGGCUUGCAGGAAUUCUCAUCAUGGAACAUGUUCUCCUGCUGAUCAAAUUUGGCUUUUCGCGCUUAGUUCCUGAGGAGCCUGCUUGGGUAAGAGCGAAGCGGGUAAAUAAUGCUACACAGGCACAGAACGUAUGCUCCAAACAGCUAUUGAGGAGCAUUUCCGGUGGAGAAAAAACAUUCUAUGGAGAAGACAAGACAGAGUGAAGAUCGAUUUUUUCAGGUUUAGUCAUUUACUUAGUCAAGACUCUCUGAAGAAUACUUAAGAACCAGAAGCUGAUGCUGCAAUUGUUCUAUAGAGCAGAAUUAUGAAACUUGAAUGGUAGUGGUGUAUAUAGGGAAUUUUGUCUUGAGUUUCGUCUGCUUGCUGUAAAUUGAGUGUUUUUUCAAGGAUAUUUUAAAGUUGUUUUGCUGCAAUUUAUUGUGGUUUUUGGCCUUUUUUUAUUGAAAAACUAUGGUAACUUCAAGACUAAAAUAAUCCCAAAAAAU